CGCCCCUGCCGCCAAGCGAGGCCGGGGAGAUGGCGGCGCGCUGGGCGCUGGGCGCGGGUGCUGCCUGGGCACGAGGUCUCCUCAGCUGGGCACGGCCAGAGAGGUGGCUGGCAUCUGGAAGUCUCUUUCCUCUGUCAUGCAUCCACACCAGCACAUCUCUGCAGAAAAUUGGGAAGUGGGAGAAGAAGAACAGGAUUGUUUACCCUCCCCAGCUGCCUGGAGAGCCUCGCAGACCAGCUGAAAUAUAUCACUGUCGGAGGGAAAUAAAAUACAGCAAAGAUAAGAUGUGGUAUCUGGCAAAACUGAUAAAAGGAAUGUCCAUUGAUCAGGCUCUUGCUCAGCUGGAAUUCAGCGACAAAAAGGGAGCAAAGGUGAUCAAAGAGGUUCUGUUAGAAGCACAGGAAAUGGCUGUAAGAAAGCACAAUGUGGAAUUCAAAUCAAACUUACACAUAGCGGAGUCGCAGACGGGCAGGGGCCGUUACGUGAAGCGGCUGCGGUGCCACGGCAAGGGCAUGUUUGGCAUGAUGAGGAUCAGCAGGUGCCACUACUUUGUGAAGCUGGUGGAAGGUCCUCCUCCUCCCCCAGAGCCACCAAAGACUGGCUUUGAGCAAGCAAAGGAAUAUGUGCAGCAGCUGCGAAACAGAACCCUUGUUCACACACUGUGACAUGCUUUAGUGGCUGUAUAGCUAUCUCGUGUUGGGCAGUGUAAUUGUAUAAAGGAAUAAUUAAAGUCAUGGUUUGGUUAUAUCUUUGGUAUUGCUGGAGCUGGAUGAUGUGAGAAAAAUCAUGGGUUUUUCCCUAUUUGUCAAGUCAGGAGUAUGGAAAAAUCUUGGAGCAGCAGAUGUUACCUUUUCUGAGUUACUUGGACCACAGCAUUCAAGCUUGGCUCUGGACUGUCUAAUCUAAAACACAUGGUGCUGUUAUAAAGCUUGGUGUCUCUGCUAUGUAUGGUGGGCCUUUUAUUGUAAAACUAUGUGCUUGAUAGUUAUGCUGCAAGAUCAAACCUCAGACUAAAAUUUGACAUCUUAAAGUAGUUAGAACAUUGGAAGUAAACAAGUAACAAUGGACAAAACUGAGUAACAAUAAUAUUUCAGAAUAUCAGACAUCAAUUUUUGGUUUAUCUGGGCUGUAACAACCUUCGUUGUGUGUCUUGGGCAUUGUGUCUGGGAGAGGGAAAUAAAAAAAUCCUUUGAAGUUCA